CUUAUAUUGGCACCAUUUUGAGCUUGACGUUACUUAGUUGCACAUGCCGAAUAAUGCCAGGAAACGAUUCAGUGAAACUGUACAUUUUGCUUGAUCAGGCUUCACUAGAGUCAGUAAAGGCAUCUAGUGGAAAAGAGUUCCAACUGCUUAAUCCUGAUAGGCAUAAAGACCGGAUUUUAAAGGCCGGUGUUGAUGUUGCUACAGUUCGUCCAGAUAUUACCCAUCAGUGUCUACUCAUGCUACUUGAUAGUCCAUUAAACCGAGUUGGUAAACUUCAGGUUUUUAUUCGAACAAGAAAAAAUGUAAUAAUCGAAGUGAAUCCUAAAACAAGAAUACCACGUACAUUCGAUCGAUUUUGUGGACUUAUGGUGCAACUAUUACACAAACUCUCAAUACAUGCUGAAGGUGGCAAUCGUGAGAAACUAUUAAAGGUUGUCAAAAACCCUGUAACACGACACUUUCCAAUUGGUGCUCCAGUCAUUACAAUGUCGUUCUCAUCAAAGGAACAAAUUAAACCAAUCCAACUAGCUGAAGAGACACAGAAACCUAAUCCUCAAUCACUUGUCAUUGUUAUUGGUGCAUUAGCUCAUGGUUCAGUUGUUGAUAAUUGUAAAGAAUUUACACAACGUACAGUUAGUAUUAGUAACUUUCCUUUAUCGGCCGCUCAGACAUGCGCUCGAAUAUGUACUGCAUUCGAAGAAGUAUGGUGUGUUGAAGAUAUUUUAAGUGGAGAGAAAACCCAAAUAGAAACCUGAUACGUUAAAAUGACAUCAGUGAUAUGUAUGAUAAUAUUUAUUUGUAAAUAAGACUUGCACUUAUUA